CUCUAAAGACGUGACCCGGAAGUGACGUUGCAUUUCUGCCCCUCAUGGCUGAAUGGAAGAAGAAAUAUGACGUAACAAUUCACAGCAGAUGCUGCCAUGCCGUGCGGCUGAGUGAGCUCGGCCCAAUGCUGACAGUUGGAACGCUGCGAUGAGCAAGGCUGGCGUGGACGUCUGAAGAGGCCCAGGGACACGCACCACCAAGACCUGGGUCAGGAAGAGCGGGGCAGGAAUGGAAGCAGGUGGCGCUGAAGUGACAGGCUCACCAGGGGAGGUCCUGUUCGGUAAAUGGGGCGUGAGCGAGAAAAAGGGGACUCCAGAGAAAACUCUGAGGUUCUUGUCAAGACGUGGACUAUGGUGUGGCUUGUUUUCCCGGAAUGCAAAGGAAUUGGAUCGGACAUGGCGUGAAGAUCAGCGUAUCGGAGCGACUGCUUGCUCGGGAGCAGAUGCGUUCGGCCGGUCCGCGUGUGGGAUGAUGCGCUGCAAAGUGGCCAGCGGUGCAGUGGAUAAGUGGAGUGCGGAGUGCGGGAUUUUUUUAAAACGAAGAGAAGGCGGGCAAAAUAUUCCAGUCACGUUUUGGGGGCUGUCAGCCGGCUGUCCUGGGAGGCGCUGGAGUGGAACCCGGUCCAACGGCGGUAGACGGACACCUGCUGUAGGAUGUAAACGGAGUUCCCACUCUUCCCGCCGCAUGAAGACCACUUUGGCCGCCAUCUUCAUCAAUGUCUCGUGGGAAGCCGAAGAAAAGCAUGUGGCGUGGUAGCCGCUGUUGCUAUGUGUAAAGAGGUACCGGGGCGCCAAUGGAGACCGAAGGCUAUCGUGACCUCCCGGAGACCAGCGAUGGUCAGGGGGUAGGCCUGCUGGAUGGACGGGGCGGGGGUGCGGCGGAGGAGGAUUGGAGUGCCGCUUACCCUCUGGGCUUCCAGGUGUCCUUGACCACUGUGCUGAUCCUAGAGCUGGUGCUGGGCUUCAGCAGCAACUUGACCGUACUGGUGCUGUACUGCGCUCAGUCAAACCUGGUGGAUUCAGUCAGCAACUUGGUCACCGUCAACCUCCAUGUCCUGGACAUACUGGUCUGUGUGCUGUGUCUGCCGCUCACAGUGGCCGUCAUCCUAGUCCCGGCUAACGGAAGCGGCGUCGGUGGACUGGCCACGUUGUGCUGCUUCCACGAAGCCUGCGUCACCUUCACCAGUGUGGCCACGGCCGUGAAUGUCCUGGUGAUCAGCUUGGACCGCUAUGACAUCUCAGUGCGUCCUGCCAGCCGCCUCCUGAACCCCCGCCGUGCCGGGCUGCUCCUGGCAGCUGUGUGGGCGGUCUCUCUGGCCGUCUUCUUCCUGCCUUUCCUCGAGGGGGACUUCUUCUCUUCAAGGGCGGAGGACAGCGAGGAUGAAGAGCCAGGGAUGCAGAACAUAGACUUUGAGUCGAUCACUGGGCACACAACGCUUUAUUCUUCUUCUCUUUCACCUUCAGUUUUACCUUCAAUGCCGCCCUCCUCGCUUUCACACAACCUCUCUCCGGUAUGGCAGAACAGAACGCUGCUGUGCCUCGGAGGGCAAGGGUACUACACGGGAAUGGCUAUGUAUUACCACUUGUUACUCCAAGUGCCGUGUUUCUUCAUCGCUGUGGUUGUCAUGUUCUUCACCUACUCCCGGAUCCUACAGGCCCUCAACAUCCGCAUAGGCUCCCACAUGAUGAGGGGCAGCCGCACAAAGGACUCCACCUGCAGGAUACGCUGCAGGAGGAGGACGAAGAAGAAGGACCUCACCUUGCCAACCGAGGUAGUCUCCUCCAAUCAGAACCAGAAUCUCUCUCAUCCUCCCCUCAUUCCCUCCCCGACCCCGACGUCCCCGCCACCGCUCUGCUCCAUGCCCCAGGGGAUAUCUGACAGCGGUGCCACGGUCACCACCGUCAGUACCGCCGCCACCACCCCCAUCGCCACCACCCCUGCCACUCCUGCUCCUCCGACUCCGGCGGCUUCUGGAGCCACGCAGACCCACGCCACCUCCCCGCUGCCGGCGUCCUCCAUGGGCGUCCAGGCCUCGGUUUCUGCGAUCAUCGCCUUGAGACGAGCCGUGCGUAGACACAGGGACCGGCGAGAGCGUCAACGGCGUGUCCUCAAAAUGUCGCUCAUCAUAAUAUCCACCUUCUUGGGCUGCUGGGCUCCAUUGUCUGCCGUCAACAUUCUGAUCCUGUGUAUGGGCCCCAGCGACGGCUUGGUGCGGGUCCGUCUCUGCUUCUUGGCCAUGGCGUACGGAACCACUAUCUUUCACCCUCUACUCUACGCUUUCACCAGGCAGAAGCUGCGGCGUGCCCUCAAAACACGGGUGAAAAAAAGGGUGGUUUCCCUUCUGCAGGUGGACCCAGCUCCCGUUGGGGGGACGGUCAUUCAUAACUCCUGGGUGGAAGGGGGAGGUCAGAGGAAGGUCCGCAAGGCCCGGGUGGAGGCCAGCGACGGCACUGAUCGAUGCCUCACCGAGGCUGUGAGGGAAUGAGGCUGGUCUUCAUCGCGUGCGCGCACGUACGUGUGGUUGUGUGAGAAUUGCGUGCAGUUUUCCGUUGAUGGAUGGCGUGCGUAUCCUUGCAUGUGUGUGAGAGGCAAUUAGUUUACAAAGGACUGAUCCCGUGACCUCCGCCUGCAGGCUGACGUGGCGUUAGGUGAGGUCUAACAAGAGCCAUUAUUCUGCACUUCUUAACUUACAUCACACCUGAAAACGCUCCACAAUAAAGCGAGGCCUGGAUGACGUCAGCUCUUUACCCAAUGGCUUCUGCGCCCUCGUGCGUGUGCAUAGACCACACACACACACACACGCACACAUGUACACAACAGACACUGGUCAGCGCUUAGUCAUUAAAAAAAAAAGCACACCAAACCUGGCAGGCUUGUGCAAAGUUCCAAAUCAAACUGAGAUUGUCUCCCAAAUGAGAUCCAGUUUGAUGAAUUAGAAUUGUUUUUCAUUCAGGCUUUAAACAGGAAGUGGAAUUGCAAUCCCGAUACAAAUUGAAGGAAGCGGAAUUGAAAGUUCCAGUCGAACAUUUAGUCGUCAUUGCUAUGGUUGUCACCCGGCCACUACAACAUGGCAAUGACGUGGAAAUACUUCAUCACAUCCUGGGUAAUUCCUAUAAGUUAGAAUUGGGCGUUUUUUUGUGCUGAAACCACGGGGGCACUGCAAAAACUGAAAUCUAAGUACGAUGAAAUAUCUCAAAUAAGGGUGAUAUUUGCUUAUUUUCUGUCUAAUAAGAUAAUUCUUCUCACUAAGCAGAUUUUAUGUUAGAGUGUUUUACUUGUUUUAAGUGUUUUGGUCCUAAUUGAUCUCAGUAAGAUAUUACAGCUUGUUGCUGAGAUUUUAUGACCUAUAUUGAGUAAAACAUCAACUGUUGCAAAGCUGUGUCAUCAACACUCACAAGUAUAAAACUACUUUUUUAAAGUAAUCAUUUCUUAUUUCAAGCAUGAAAAAAAAAAUCAUAAUUUUGACACAAUUGUGUCUCAUAAUUAAAACAGAUGACAGCCAAAUGGACUUUGCUGUUUUAUUUCCAAUGAAACAAUAGAUAAUAGGUACUCAUAUAGUAGUACAGUUGGCACAAUACAGUAAACUGACAGUUAAUAUUUAAACAUUUAACAUGUGACAUUUCUAACAAUUUUGAACAGAAAUAGUUCAUGCACAUUCAGGUAAAUUCCUCAAAAUUAGAAUUAAAAACAUUUUGGCCGGGGGCCGGGCUGUAUAGAUGCGCACUAAUUGACUGAAAGAGCACGCACUUGGCGCGAUGAUGUCAUGUUAUCCAUGGAAAAAUGCAUUUUUAGACCAUAUGAUUUGCCUGAGCGGCUAGGAGACCCCGAGAGUAACAAGCGCUUGCCUUGUUGCCUUUCCAUUAAGAAAAAUAAACUAGUUUUUAGUAUAAGUUUGCUGGUUUCAAGAAAUGUAAUGCCGAGCGCAUAUCAUUAUGUCAAGAUAAUGGCACUAGCAUUUACUUCAUUUAAGAAUAUUUUUCAACAUA